CGUCAGAAGCACACAUUUCUAUGUUAUUAUCUUAUCAUAGUUUGCAAGCGGUUAGCUAAAUUACAGUUUUCCAAACGCGGUCCCAGGGAUAUUUUGUCCUGUGUUUGUCGCCGUAGACUUUGACAGAUGCUUGAAGUAAAUAUGGCUGAAGAAAGCCUGAUUGAAGGCGAAGAUGAAAACAUUUUAUACGAUUUACUUGUCAUUACUGAAUGGCCUCCAGAGACGGACACUCAGUUGCGAGGCAACAAGGAGCACAACACCUCACUCAUUGAAAAAGCAGUGACAGGACCAUUCCGCUUAAUCUUGCACUACUUGUGGUACAGCCCCUCCAGCUCGUCUCUGCCUCACGGUCUUGUCCGCCUGGCAAACAAGCAGAUCAACUGGCAGCUGGUGCUUGCAAGUAAUGGCAAACUGCUAGCAGUGGUUCAGGACCAGUGUGUGGAGAUUAGGUCUGUGAGAGAUGACUUUGGCUCAGUCAUUGGGAAGUGCCAGGUGCCAAAGGACCCAAACCCUCAGUGGCGAAGGGUGGCAUGGAGCCAUGACUGCACCCUGCUAGCCUAUGCCGACAGCACUGGCACCGUGCGCCUUUUCGACCUCAUGGGCAGCGAACUCUUUGUCAUCGCGCCGGCGGUGAGUUUUCCCGGGGAUUUCAGUUGUGCAGUGGCGGGCCUGAUUUUCCUGGAGUAUACAGCCAGUGCCCAGUGGUCAGCCGAGCUGCUUGUUAUUACAUACGGUGGCGGGCUCAAGAAUUACCUAGUCAGUGUGGGAACCAAUCAGAGCUUCCAAGAGAACCACAGCUUCAGUUUCUCUGCUUACUACUCCCACGGCAUCACCUCGGCUAUUUACCACCCUGGCCACCGAUUGCUGCUGGUGGGAGGCUGUGAGUCAGGGGAUGAUGGUACGUCCAAGGCCUCUUGCUGUGGGAUUACAGCCUGGAGGAUUCUGUCUGGCUCGCCACAUUACAAGCAGGUCACCAGCUAUGAGGACGAUGUCAAUCCGAAUCAGAAGAGAGGUUUCUUCAGGAUCCCCAGCUUCAGAUUCUUCUCCAGACAAGGAGAUGAAAAGGACGGUGUAUUCCGCAUGAGUUUGAGCCCCGAUGGAACCCUGCUCGCUGUCAUCCACUUCUCUGGUCGCCUGUCUCUCUGGGACAUCCCCUCUCUCAAACAGAGGGCCACAUGGAGCCAAGAGCAACAGCCAGGAUUUGAGGAGAUCAACCCAGAGUGGAAGACAUCGCUGGAGAGAAGGAAAAAAAUAAAAGAUAAGGAGCAAUACUACCCGCUGGUGGAUGUGAGCUGGUGGAGUGACAACGUGUUGAUUCUGGCUCGUGUCUCCGGCUCCCUCACGAUCUCAUCCGUCAGGACGCUGCGCAACCUGCUGGGGAAAUCCUGCGAAUGGUUCGAGCCCUCACCUCGAGUCACUGCAGCGCAUGAUGGCGGCUUCCUCAGCCUGGAGUGUGAGGUGAAGCUGGCUCAGAAGCGUGGGCGCCUGGAGAGCAACCUGAGCGGCGGGGCCGGCGAGGAUGAGGAGGGUGAUGACGGCUGGGACUCUGACUCAGAUGAAGAGUCCUCUGCCAAAGCCCGCUACUUUGGCUACAUCAAGCAGGGCCUGUAUUAUGUGACGGAGAUGGAACGUUUCACCCCGCCGCGCAAACGCCCUCGCACCGUGAUCAAGAACUACCGCCUGGUCAGCCUGAGGUCAACAACACCAGAGGAGCUGUACCAAAGGAAGAUUGACAAUGAAGAAUAUGGCGAAGCCCUGUCUCUUGCCCAAGCGUAUAAUCUGGAUUCAGACCUGGUGUACCAGAGACAGUGGAGGAAGAGUACCGUCAGCAUUGCCUCAAUACAAGAUUAUCUGAGCAAGAUCUGCAAGCGCUCAUGGGUGCUGCACGAGUGUGUGGAACGCGUCCCAGAGAACGUUGAUGCUGCUAAGGAGCUGCUGCAGUACGGCCUGAAGGGAACCGACAUUGAGGCCCUCAUAGCUAUAGGAAACAGGGAGGAUGGGGGCAGGUUUAUAAUGCCAGGCGACGUUGACCUCGAUGACCUGCCCUACGAAGACAUCGUGUCAGACGAUGUGGAGAUGAAGAAGGAGAGGGAGAGCACGAAGAGACGAGAGCUGUUUGCCAAGGUUGACUUCAGCAGGCUGACUCUGGAGCAGAAGGAGCUGUGUCGGAGCCGACUGAAACUACUCUCCUACCUGGACCGGCUGGAAACAUACGAGAAGAUACUUGGCGGUCCUCACGCAGCGGAGCAGAAAUAUGAUGCAGAGUUCUUCAAGAAGUUCCGCAGUCAAAAUAUUGUUUUGUCAGCCAGAAACUACGCCAGGGAGAGUAAUGUGCAGGCUCUGGACAUUCUGUUCACUUACCACGGUGCAGAACUCCUCCAGCAUCGGCUAGCCAUCCUUAACAACUUCCCAGAAACCACCUCCCCAUAUGAGUACACUAUCCUGCUGCCUGAAGCCUGUCUGGAUGACAGAGGUGAGUUGAUGUUGAUUCCAUGGGACGAGCAGAGACACAGAGAGAUGGACUGGUGUGAGACACAGGAGUGCAGAUCAGUGCUGGAGCAGAACUUGUUUGACGAUGACAGUUUCCUGUAUGAGGAGGCUCCAGAGCUGCUGAGGUUCCGCACAGCCACGCCCUCCAUCGAACUGCUGACCGACUGGUACCAAAGCAGAGCAAAGGAUAUCGACUCCUGUUCCAGACAGGUGGACUGCGCACUGUCACUGGUGCGUCUGGGCAAGGAGCGGAAUAUCCCAGGGCUAGAGUGCUUGUGUGAUGACAUGGUCACCAUGGAAACACUCGUGUAUGAGACAUCAUGUGAAUUGAAUCUGACGCUUAAAGAUUUGCAGCAGCUAAGUGACAUCGACAAGCUCCACCUGCUCAUGAAAAAUUCCAGCUCCGAGCGCUACAUGAAAGAUGCCUUCCAGUGGAUGGUGCCGUUCCUGCACCGAUGUGAGGGACAGAAAGUGGGUGCUGCUAAAUCUCUGCUCAGAGAAUACCUGGUUAACCUGGCCCAGCAAAACCUCACCCUGCCCCUCAUCAUCUUCCAGCUCUCCAAACCUGACUGCCAGCAGAAGAUUAUCGGGGACCCAGACCAGCUGAUGGCAGUUGCUCUGGAGUGCAUCUACAGCUGUGAAAGAGAUGACCAGCUCAGCCUCUGUUAUGACAUCCUGGAGUGUCUGCCGCAGCGGGGCUACGGACCUGACACAGACAUCACGGCAUCCCUCCAUGAUCAGGUGGACAAACUUGAGAAGCAUCUCAGUGUGGUGGAGGUUCUGGAGAAACACGGCCUGCAGAAGCCCAUUUCAUAUGUGAAGAAUAGCCAGAACAGCGAAGAAGAAGCCCACCAGCUAAUGGUGAAACUGUGCCGCCACACUGGCCGCAAAAACCCUCCAGUGAGUGAGACUGUGUGGACAGGUCUGCUGCAAGACCUGCUUGAAAUGCAGCAGAACGUCUACACCUGUCUAAAACUGGAGACAUGUCACCAGGUCUUUGUUGAGUCCCUGCUGUGUUCCAGCCAAGUGGAGAACGUACGCCUGGCGGGGCAGAACAUGCACUGCUCCAAGGAUGUUCCUGUCAGCAUGACUUUUCGGGGUAAAGGUUACGCUAUGAAGGUGGCCUAUGACAACAGUGUGGAAUUAGUGUUGGCUGCUGCCAGAGAGUACUUCAACUCAUCUACAACGCUGACUGACCCCUGCAUGGGCCUCGCCAGGACGUGUCUCCAGCUGAUUACAGACUGUCCUCCGGCCAUCCAGGACGAGCUGGACCUCAUCAGCGCCCUCAGCCAACUUGAAGACUUCAGCGUCAGCAUCCUGCCACUGCAAGUGCGUCUGCGAUCAGACCGUCUGUCUCUCAUAGAAGAAUGCAUCGCCCACUGCUCCACCGCCUACAAGCAGUCCACUACCCUGCUGAAUCUGGCCUCGCUUCUCAGAGUGGCAGGAGAUGACAAGGCUACGCGAAAAGGCAAAGUGCUGACCCUGCUCGCAGAACAAGCUCUCCAGUGUCUGGACUUCAAGGCCUCCUACAUCCACUGUCAGGACCUCAUGGCUGCAGGUUACAGUCCAGCCUGGGAUGUGUGCAGUCUGCUCGGUCAGUGUGAGGGCUAUGGAGACCUGGAGGCCCGGCAGGAGCUUUUAGCCUUCGCUCUCACCCAUUGUCCCCCUGACAACAUCCACGGCCUCCUGGCUGCCUCCAGUGAUCUGCAAACUCAGGUGUUGUACCAGGCAGUUAACUAUCAAAUGGAGCCUGUUAUUAAGGAGAGUGGACGAGAGGUCGACGGGACAGACUCCGCAAAGGCCUGCGCUCCCUCUGUGGGCUCCCCUGUGGGGACAGCGGGGCACCUGCUGCACAGGACUACUGCUAAGACCAUGGAAGUGCUGACCACCACAGGACUGACCACCAAGGCCGUCCUGACCGCAGUCAGCGACCACCGCUGGUGGAAGGAAUCGCUCAACUACCUCCGGCCACAGCAUGGUCAUGGCGCAGGAGCCACCAGUCAGGAAGGGGCGUGUGAGAACUCCAACCUGGAGCGUCAAGGCUGCAGCCCCUUUUAUCAGGAACUCAUUGAUGAUCCCUAUGUAGACCCGAGUCAAGAUGUGUACAAGUCCUACAAAGAUGUGCCUCAGGAAAACUUUGCUGAGGUUUUGCUGAGGACCGGCAAGCUGGCUGAGACUAAAACUGAAGGAAAAACGUUGUUUCCUGCCACUGAGGGUAAGCAUGCAGAAAAGGCCUACACUAGUUACACGCACAGAAGUGGAGUCCUCCUGGGUCUUCUUCCAUGGAGCCCACUUUCGCUCAAAAAGCGACGGAUGGUUCAGAUAGAAGAUGUGGAGAAUGAGGGGAAAAGAUAUGCUCUCUUCCUGGGACUGCUGGAAGCUGCACAAAAGUGGGAGGACUUUCAGUUGCUCAUACUCCUCCUGCAAGCGUGGCCACCAAUGAUGAAAGAGGAAGUGGCAGAGUCGGAGCGCAACCCCUGGGUGGUGCUGAACACGGCCCUGCUGACUCGCUGCCAGGGGUCAGAGGUCAGAUUAGACCUGGGUCAGCAGGUUGUCAACAUGGUGCGAUCCCUCUAUAACACCAAACACAAGCUUCCUGCACAGUGUAUCAGACACAUAGCCACCCUGCUGCUCGAAAACCAGCUGAGCCUUCAGCAGCCUGCACUCAAACUGAUGGCUGAGAGUGGUGAUGAACAACUGCUGCAGCUGACUCUGGAUCAGAUCAACAACAUGACAGCAGAGACAGCUUCCUCCUGCGACGCCGAGCUACUUUCAUUGCUCCUGGACGCCGGGCUCCUGGUGGGCUGCGUCUCCUCGGCCCUGUACCCCCUGCUCAGCUCCCACAUGCUGUCCCACCAGCAGGAGGGUGGCUGGGAUGUAGAGAAAGCCGCCACUGAGCUGCUGGCGGCGGGCCACAGGCCCGAGGCGGGCUCCCUGCUGCUGGCUCACCGUGGAACCCACCAGGCCCAGUUCACCUUCAACUCUGCCUUGGCUGUUCUCAGGAAGUGGCUGUGAGGGGUGGAGGGAGGAGGAAUUGGAUUGCGAUCUGAAGAAAUUAGCGUGAGGCGAGAAUAGAAGGGAUAUCGGGCCGUACCAUUGCAUUUUGUUCUGUCACUGGGUUUCGAUUUCAUCAGCUGAAGACACGUCAACAGCAGCUGCAGUGUCUGCCUUGAAGGUAUAGGGGCGGAUGCCUUUAAUACUGAAACAUCUGCUCAAUUAGAAACGCAUGCAAGUACACAAACACAACCUCUGCUAUCUCUGUUAUGAAUGAAUGUUCAAACUGAGGGAUGAUCAGAAAAUGCACUUGCUGCUCGCUUUUAUUUGUGUGUAUUUGUGUGUAAUGUGUCCUAUUGUGUGAUAACGUAAUUGAGCAGUAGCCGGGAAGCAGUGGGUGGAUAUUAGCCUAUUGUUCCGUGACAGGUUUGCCUCUUUGACGUCCCAUCGUUAAACACCCUGCCUCUGCUCCAUUGUUUCCCCCCUAAUAAUGUCUAAUUAAUUCCUUCCAAACAAAUUAGCCCCGCAGCUGCCCCACACUGUGUGUACGUGUGUGUGUGAAUGCACAAAAACUGUAUAUGAGCACCGACACCCCAGCGAUAUCAUGUCGAACUAAUGAUGAGGACUGAACGUGUAUUUGUAUGUUUACGCGCACAGUGAUGCUGUCAGCAUGGUUGGUUUCAAUUUAUAAAAUGCAGGUUUCAUUCUGUGCCACCUCUCAGAUCUGAAAUAAAGAAAACUAAUGACAUGA